GUUAGUUAGUUUAUUAGUCAUUUUGUUAGCCUAAAAUUAAUCAUUUACUCUCAUCUAGAUAUUUCAUGUUCAAUUUGUCAGAUGUUAUCGUUUUAGUCGGUUAACCAGAUAUUCAGGCAGGAAUACAGUCAGCAACUUACGCACCAGUACAGUCAGAAGGGCAGAGCUUAAACUAGUCAUCCAUCCAUCCCUCCAGCCAGGCAACGCGUCAGCUGGACGGUGAGGGGAGUGGCUCUCUGUUCUGCUGCCUCCAGCUGAAUGGUAGUCAGUCAUCCAGCCUCCCACUCACUCACUCAGUCAGCCAGUCAGUCAGUCGGUGGGUUUAGAUGCAGGGCUGCUGGUUAGCUGCUUUGGCUCGUAUCUCCCUCAGGAUCUCACACUGUUGAAUCAGCUGAGGAGCCACUGAGAGGUUUAUUGCGGUCAUCACUAUGACUGAUGGGGAUUAUGACUACCUUAUAAAGCUCCUUGCCCUGGGGGACUCCGGCGUGGGGAAGACCACCUUCCUGUACCGAUACACAGACAACAAGUUCAACCCCAAGUUCAUCACCACAGUCGGUAUUGACUUCAGGGAAAAAAGAGUGGUGUACACAGCAUCCAAUGGGACGACCACGGGGAAAACCUUCAAGGUUCACCUUCAGCUCUGGGACACAGCCGGACAGGAGAGGUUCCGCAGCCUGACGACGGCGUUCUUCAGGGACGCCAUGGGGUUCCUGCUGAUGUUUGAUCUCACCAGCCAGCAGAGCUUCCUCAACGUCAGAAACUGGAUGAGCCAGCUACAGGCCAAUGCCUACUGCGAGAAUCCAGACAUUGUGUUGGUUGGAAACAAGGCGGACCUGGCCGACCAGCGGGAGGUUCAGGAGAAACAAGCCAGGGAAUUGGCUGAUAAAUACGGCAUCCCGUACUUUGAGACGAGUGCAGCGACAGGAUCGGAUGUGGACAAGGCGGUGUUAACGCUGCUGGACCUGGUCAUGAAGAGGAUGGAGCAGUGCGUCGACAAACCGCCCGCCGAGCCAGCCAAUGGCAACGGGGCCACAAAGCUUGCCGAAACGCAGUCCAAUGAGAAGAAAUGUGCAUGCUAGAUCAAGAGGCGAUUCAGGAAACUGACCAGUCAGCGCUCUGUUGUCUGUCCUUUCUACUCGCCACAUUCCCACCUUCUUUUCCUUUUCUAUGUCAUCUAUGAUUGCAUGUUUGUUCAUCUUCUCCUGCUUACUCUCUUCUCUCUAAAACAAACCUUUAAACAUUUUCUGCUCCUCUUUUUUGUCCCCCUUUGUCCCUUUAUUAUUUCUUCUCCUUACCCAGCUCUCUGCCCAUAUGGCAAUUAAACAACUCUGUCCCCCUCUAGUGGAUUUUUAAGGUAAUACAGUCUCCGCUUCUCUGCCUUUGAGUGCUGUUUAGGAGGAAAUUAAAACAGGAGGGGACAGUUUCAUCACUGUCAGAUACAUAAUGUGCCUCGGUUAAAACACGAAGCCUGGGAAUUAAGCUCUGCAUGCUCCCAAUUUCUUUGCACACAAGUUUAAAUUAUUUAAAUGGUUCUAAACAGGUAAAAACAGAUUAAAAAAAUUAAUUUGAAGACUGCUCUUCGUCACCUCAUAACAUGGGAAAGAUUUUGUCAUCCAGUGACAGCCUAAACUGGGCCAUAAAGGGUUCAACAACAGGUUGUGUGUGCUGAACGCUUUCCUUUUUGGCCAGGCUGAGCAACUGUGUGACCAAUGUCUUUUUAUUUUUAUAUCUUUCCCUUGUUUCACACUGCACAUUUUUCAAUUCUGUACCCAUAUUAGCCACAUAUGGUCAUUUUUCAGUGUUUAAAGCUGGUUUAUAUGUUUGUCCAAAAUGGACUAUUGUGUUUUGUAGAGUUGGCUACGUCAUGUUUGAGGUCUUUGACAAAUUAGUGAGAGUGGCUGCAGGAACAUACAAGCUGUCUGAAUCCACAUUGAGCUGUGUAGAUAAAUGUUAACCUAUGAAGAACUUCAUAUUAGUAAAAUUAAGCAAAAGUACAUGACAUAGAGAUAACCCUGACACAGAGGAAAAGAGGGUAAAUAGCCUUUGUGGAGUUUAUUUUUCAUAAUGCAGUUAUGAAAGGUAACAAACUCUUGCUAUUGUGUGUGCAGUUUUGCCGUAUGAUUGAUUAGAAAAAAACAUUGUUUGGAUACUAGAUAACACGAUUGUUGGGACUGAUUACAAAAUAAAAUGAAAUAAAAUCACAUAGAGCUUGGAAUACAUUUUCAUAUUUAACAAGUACAACCUUUAAACUUCCAGAUAUGAGUUGAUGAGGCUGAUGACACUUUUACAGGGCCCUGGAGUUAGCUGAAUAUAAAGAGAAAAGGGUAUCCGUUGCCCUAGCUCAGCUCACAAGCUCAGCUAACCUUCACUGGGUUGUUGUUUGCGUGCCUGACAUUUUGUAGCUAGGCUAUGUUAGCAGUGGCUAACACGAGCAACAUGCUAAUAUUAACAAAAGCAGCUGUUUAGUGUAGAGUAAAGACAGUGCACAGUGUUUCAGAAAGUUUCGUUUGGAAACAAGUGGAAAAACAUCAAUUGUCUUCAUGCCAUUUUUGCUUCUUCUGUUCAAGGUUGAGCCAACACUUUAAUUGUUUCUGAAUUCCAUCUUUCUUUUGAUACCAAAACAAUAGCAUGUGCUGAGUUUGGCUGAUGUGACCUAUAUGCUGCUCUUCUUUUUUUGCCUGUUUGUGCAGGACUGACAUAUGACUGAUUAGAGCAAACAAUGUUUAGGUCAUUCAGAUACUUUUCCACCACACUGAUUAGCAAACUAUAUAUACAUUUGUGUUUCACUGAAAACUGAACCGAUUAGCAGACACUUCAGCAGUGUCUUCAGGUAGCUCUCUGCUCGCAGCAGGUUGACUAUGCUUUGCAGUUGCACAGCUAACUCUUCAUUAGACCUCCAUGAUGAUGCCAGACUUGGCUGAUUACAGAUAUGAAAAUAGUAAACUGUUCAUAUUAUAGUACAGAUAUGGUUACAACAUGUGUAAUGGAGGAAAAUUUAAAAAAAAAAAACCUAUGUUGUAGAACAGGAUAAACAUAUUGUUCCAAACUGAUCUACUGCCUUGGCAAUUAAAAGGUUAUUUCACUGUGGCAGAACAGACUUUAGAAUUUGAGAUAAGUCAGCUAAAAUAUCAGCUGCUUUGGGGAUGCAAUGGCAACAUAACUUGCUAUGAAAUGAAAUAACUGUAAUCCAAACCUUAAAAAAGAUAAUAGCUACUCUGCAUACACAACAAAAUGGUAUGUACUCUAAUGUAAUGCAAAUGUGUGGUAGGCAGAAAGAUAGUCAUGGCUGAGUUGUGUUAAGACCGGGGAAUGAGACUUAACAUUCACCUCUCUUUCUGCAUAAUUGCUGACACACAAAAAUGUCAUGAGCACAGCAAAUAACAAGAACGUGAGUAAAUACAAGCAAGAGGGCAGAGCCGCAGCAGAUACAGACACCACACACACUUCUAGUGGGUCAGAAGUGAUGAAUGAGAGAGUAUUUUUAGUUUUUUAGGAAAAUCCAACAUAGUACGCCUUUAGCAGGACAAUUAUGUCUAGAUGUCAUUAUAUCUAAUGAAUAUAGACUUUUUUGAAAAUGGGAAAAAAAAAAAAAAAACGCCAAAGGACAGGGCAGCUGAUUUUAGAAGUUGAACUCUCAUCUCUAUAACAGAUAAGACAAAGUGAAAUAUCACUUGACUGAUGUUGUUAGAAUAUACACUGACUACUUAUUUAUAUUAAAAGGAAAGUAAAAUAUAGGUUAUUAUUUGUGUUAUCGUAUUUUUGUUGUAUUCUGUAUAUUCUCACACUUUCAUUUUCCUUUUGUCCUCAUUCUUUAAUUGCUACAGUGCUCUGAAACACCAUUUUAAAGUUAACCCAAAAAUUCUAAUUUAUAAAUAAAAUGUCUCUCUAACACAUAGAAAAUUGGCUGGUAUAAACUCUUGGAAAAAAAAAAAACAGCAGAAGUUGUUCAAAACUAUUUUUCUGUGCUCUGAACUGAAGUUGCUGUGGACCAAAUUUUUGUGUCUCAGAAUUGUGUUUUGUUGCUUAACACUGCAUUGUUUGUUUUAUGAUAUAGCAGGAAUCCUACUUAAGUCACCCCAUAAAGUAAAUUCAACUGAGUUCAGCUAAAAAGGCUGCAUGUUUUGUACCCUUAUACUAUGCUUGAGCACACAGUCAUCAGAGGCCAUUUAUAAGCAAAUUUAUAUAUAUAUAUAUAUAUAUAUAUAAAUCAUCCUAAAGACCAAGAUUAUCUCUUUUGUUUUAAGUGCAAUUCAGCAGUUUUCCUGCCUGCCUUAUUUCAUGUAAAAUCUUGAGCUAAGUUGAGGUGCACCAGAAACAAGGCUAAUUCUCUUUUUGUUUGCCACCUGCUGGCAGCUAAGUCCUUAUUUUGUCCUUCAGUGAGCGAGGGAAGGGUUUAGUCCCAAAUCAUAUCUGCAUUAUAUUGGGAUUACUGCAGGUUGGUUUUCAAGGUGUACUGAAGCCAAACAGCUCAGCCAUCAUGUUAAGUAUAUUCUGUGUGUGGCUUCUUAGUGGCGAACCACUGCUGUGGUCAUUUUGAUGAUUAUGAAAAUGAUCAUAAAUAUUUUUAGUAUUGUGUUCUCUGUAUCCAUACAAAAAAAAUCUUAAGAUAAAAUGUCACAGAGCUUUGGCUUCACCUCAUAUUUAAUCUGCCACUGUGCCAAAUAUAUAUAAAAAAGGAAAUGACACAAAGAAGUGUUUGUUUUUGACAAACCCAAACCUCAUUCUGCUGUUCACUCAGAGAAAAACUGCCUCAGUGUAUUUUUAUUUUGUGUGUUGAUUUUUGAAGCCAAACAAAGUUUUCUGCCAACAGCUGAUCUCAGUGCCAUAUUUAACACUCAUUGCUGUUAAGGAGAUGGAGAUGGCUCACAUGGUAACAUUUUCUUCCAGUUACUUAGCAGCAUAAUUGUGAUAAUUUUCCCAGAAAAUACUGAAUCUCAACACGUUUGGUUGCAGCGUAGCUAAUUUAACUUUUUUGUUCAGACAUUUAGGUUUUUUUCUUAGUUUAUCCUGAAGUCAUGUACAAGUUACAUAUUUCUAAAAAUAUCUAGAAGUGAUUUAGUGAAAUCCUCUCCACACAAGUUUUCUUUUUCUUUCUUUCUUUUUUUUAAAUUUUGUUUCCUUUGCUCCAGCAUCUGUUGACGGAGCAACUCCUAUUAAAGCAUCAGUAACUGAAAUGGAUAUUUUUUUGGAUCACAUUUUGGAACAAAUUGAGGAGGCAUUUGUGUCCAGUUGAUGAAUCUGUUACUGUCCCUUUAGCUGUGUUUUGGUCUCCACCAGCUCCUGGGAAAAACAUCUGGUUAGUGGCUAACUGUGUCUUAACUGUGGUUAACCAAAGCACGUUCGCUAAAAACAACUCCCUGCUGUCGCUGCACAGGAAGUUGAUGAGACUAAAACAUACACUGUUGUAAAAUGUCUUUCAAAAAGCUUACAAGCUCAAAUGAGUUGGUUUUAUUAAAACCGCUUAUCAGGUGUGUAACUUUUUCUUCUAAAGUUUCCGUAUUUUUGGUAAAAGUUUGGUGGAACAAUUAGGACUGUCAAUAUUGACCGAGAUGACUGGCAACUAAGUUCAGUUUAAAAAGUGUUUAUUUCUUAAGUUACAUUAAUUAGUGUACUUUAAAAUUACCACCAAAAAAAAAGAAAGAAAGAAAGAUGAGAGCAUCCUAAAAAGAAUCUUCAGCUUUUUUUUCAGUAUUUGAGGCUUUGAGUCCAAACUGAGAUGGACAACCAUUCUGCUGAUCACAUUGAACCAAUGCCUUUUAAUUGUGACAAUCUUCUGAAGCGGUUCUUUAGUACUUCAUCGUAUCCUCUCAGAUUUAAUUUGAAUUUUAACAAUGCGUUUGUCCUCUGAUGCCAUUUUGCUUACAUUAAGUGUUCAGCUGUGCCACAGGUGUAUCUGACAGUUACUGACAUCACAUUUCUUUUCACUGCAUUUGACUCCUGCUGUCCUUGAAGCAUCUUUUCCGCACGUCUUUAAGGUUUUUGGAUAGUUUUUGAAUUCACUUUGGAAGUUUACGCUGUUUUGAAGAGUCAUGUUGUGCCUGUUAUUAACUCUUUUGUCUGAUCCUCUGUGAUGUUUUCGAGCUAUCGAAUAUUUUAAUGCAUUAUUGACUAUAGAUUACAAGCAGAGGCAAAAGAGACCAGAAGUCUUCAUGUUGUUUUUGUGCCCGAUAUAUCAAAACAACAAAUCAAUCCAAGUACCUCUAAGAGCUUUUAUUUUUGGAAAUCCUGUGUGUGAAUUCUCUCUGAUGCCUGCGGUUUGUACUCAUUUCUUCAGUUUUCACUGCGUGUAUCAGCAUGUUUGACACAAUGAGAAUGAAAUGACCUGUGAUGCGUUUAAUGUUUCUGGUGUCAGAGCUGCGAAUAAAUCUCUGUGUUUGUUUUAAUCCUGUGGGGUUUUUCUUUAAAAGUCUGCAUGGCUUUGAUGCAGAUAGGAACAGCUGUGUUUCAAUUAGAAAAUUUAAGAAAUAUCAAAAUCUAAAAGCAUCUCUUUGUUGAUGACUCUUCUAGAGAUUUUUGACUGUGUGUUGGCUGUAGCUCUAUCCCACAAUAAAGUAGUUAUUUUGCUUUUGUUUUUAGCAUUCUUGAUAGUUGCAUGUCUUUUAGUUCUUAAAAGACAUAUUUUAAAAUGUUGAAGAAAACUGAGGAGGCAGUUACAGUGUAACUAUAGUAACAAGAGAGCACACACUGUGUUGUGGUCAGCACUUGGCUCAUGUUGUUGUUUGUUACAUUUUCUGUAGCCUGAUUGGUUAAGGAUUCUGGAUGAUGAGCUGUUCGACUCCUGCAGUCUUGCUAUGCCAUUUGCGAUGCAUACGACACAGUACAAGUUGGCACAUGUAACUCUGUUUGCGUAAUCCAACACAAUGAAAAUGAAGUCUGCAUUGACACUUUGCAACUAUGUGAUGUGUGAAAAUGAACCAAAAAAUGAUGCUUGAUGUUCAAAUACUUCACUUCAAGUUUGUAAUGCACUUAAAAAUGCGAACUUAAAAAUAAUUUGCUGAAACACAGUAGAGUCUUUGCAAAAUGAGGACAACAUAGAUAAUCACUUCUAGACUUCAGCUGGUGACUUUGUGCAUCUGCUCAAAUGGUUUCAGAUAAUCCUCCGAAAAGUGGGCAGGAAAAAGUCUUAUGUUGUUUUUUUUUUUAUAUGUAAAAAUCCAAAAUUAAUCCAUAAAGGCAAAAUAGCAGAUCAUUACCAGCUUAUGUUUGUAAAACAGAUUUUUCCUCACAAACAAACACAUAGGAACAAUAGGAAUAAGAAUUCACAGUGGAGAAGAAUUUAUUUCCAUUUUAUACUAAGAAACUUCUCACCAAAAGAGAGAAUGUGAAAAAUAAAAAUAAAUACCCGAGAACAGCAGAACCAACAGAAUGUGAAGUGUAAUUACAAAAAUAAGUCGGUGUAUUCUAUUUCUUUUUACAUAUCUGUAGGCACUAUCAACCAAAGAACACUUGUAUAGCAAUUACUUACCCCAAUAGCUGAAAUAUGGAAAAAAAAAGAGCAAAAUACACAAAUACAUGUAAACAUAACAGAGAAUCCAAACUGUAUCUGAGCUGUAGGCUAGGUGACAGAUGUCUUUCAAGGAAGAAGCAGACAGAGGACUUUACAACAUAUGACAGGAGGAAGUGAGUUUUCUUUCAAAUUAAAGUAUUUUUUGGCUAUAGUCAAUAUUCAAAAAUAAAAAUGAUUUUUCUGCUGAUGAUUUGAAUUGAAAAGCCCAACUCUGUUUACUUCAGAAUGUGUGCUUGGUUUUCUUUUUGGCAAAAAAAUAAAAAAUAAAAA